UGAAAUUGGACUUUGGAGCUUCGCAGUCACUUUUGCCGGCAGCCACAUCCACUGCUCUCCGCCCCCCCCCCUCCUCUCUCUCUCUUUUCCUCAACCCUUCAUUCAUCAGGAACCCGCUGCAAAACCAUCUCCUUUCCCACUUAUUCCGCCUCAUUAUCAUGGACGCAUCGACAAGCAUCUCCUCCGCCGGCGAGGCCCUCCGCCGCCUCGUGGUGGUCACGAUGCUGACGGUGGGCAACGUCGUCCAUCCGAUGCCCGUGCCGACGGACGUGCCCGUGUGCACCGCCUCCGAACCUGCCCAGUACAACUUGACCUUUACCGGGAAGUGGACGAGGACGGCGUUCCCCAAACAGUAUCCCGUCUACCGCCCCCCUGCACAAUGGUCCAACCUUGUCGGCGUGACCCACAGCUCCGACUACCACAUGUGGCAGCGUAAUGGCUUUGCCAGCAACGGAGUGAGGGAGUUCACGGAGAAAGGCGAAGCUUGGACGCUCAUGAAGGAGGUGGAGCAGGCCGGAGAACAGAUUCAGAGCGUUUACGGCAUCUUCUCGGCUCCUGCUGUCGUAGGAGGCACCGGCCGGAGCAACACUGUGGUCGAGGUCUUUGCCAGACACUCCUAUCUGUCGUUCAUCGUGCGUCUCAUUCCGAGCCCCGACUGGUUCGUGGGAGUGGACGCCGUGGACCUGUGCGACGGCGACCAGUGGAAAGACAGCGUGUCUCUGGAGCUCUUCCCGUACGACGCUGGGACUGACAACGGCUUCACAUUCUCCUCUCCCAACUUUGAGACCAUGCCGCAGGACAAAAUCACCCAGAUAACCUCAUCCUUUCCCAGCCACCCUGCAAACUCCUUCUACUACCCCCGCCUGAAGCACCUCCCACCCAUCGCCAAGGUAACGCUGACCAAGAUAAGGAAGACAAAUCAGAUCAUUAGCCUUCCGGUGGAGCCCACCCAGUCCAACCUGCUGCCAACUGGGAAUGAGAUUGAGGACAACCUCAUAAAAACGCCGCUGGACUGCGAGGUGUCGGCAUGGUCUCCCUGGGGCCUGUGCAAGGGCAAGUGCGGCAAAGCUGGUCUGCAGCACCGGACGCGUUACGUUCUCAUGCACCACGCCAACAACGGGGCUCCCUGCCCCCUGCUGGAGGAGGAGCGGAAGUGCAUCCCAGACAACUGCUUAUGACUAGGCCUGGAAACGAAGCAGGAGAAGAAGGGGAACGACGGCAGAGGGAGGAAGGACCGGAAGGCGCGACAAGGUCGGAAAAGACGGCGGAGGAGAUUCUACAGCAAAAGGUCUGCGGUUUAUUCCCUUGAGUCAUGAACUGUCAGUGUAAAAAUAAGCUUCUAAUGAAUCCUAAUCAUAGAUCUGAGAUCAAUAGAAAAGUGUAUUUUGGUAUUGUCACCUUUAGAUCUAAAAGUGGUUUUAGGAUGAAUAGAAUGGAAGAACAAAAUGUAUUUAUUGACUGGAUUUUAACCUGUCAUGUACAAAUAUGAAUGUAGUCAUUUGUAGUCCUUUUUUUGUAAUGCUAUUAAGGUACUGGAUUCUUACAGAAAAUAUUUUUGUACAAAACAGUACUGCAAAUGUAAAACAAAUGUGAUAUCUGUAUGCUCAAUAAAAGUGUGUUGAAACGGUCACCAAAAAUGUCUUUCAAAUUUAAGAAUUGACAAUGUAUUCUAGACCUCGCUAAGGUUCAUUGAUUUUGCAGGAGGUAAGGGGCUCUUCACUCAAUAGCCGACUUCUUCUUGUCAAACAUUCCAAACCGACUUGACUGAACAGCGCCAGUGGCAAGAGAUACAAAUCAGAAAAAAAGUUCAAUAUCAGGACUCAAAGAAGAAACAGACACACCUUUAUAUUUUCCCA